AUGCGUCUCAUCAGUCUCGCCGUCGCCGCGCUGCCCGUGGCCGCCUCCGCCUACACUGCCCACCCGAUGCUGCUCAAGGCCGCCGAGCAGCAGGGCUGCAGCCUGCCAAACCAAUUCAAGAUUCGCAACUUUGUCGGCCAAACCAACGGCACCGCCGACGCGCCGUCGCCGUCCUGCUUCACAUUUGGCUACGCGGAUGCUGUUACCGGCGUCGAGACGACGUGCCAGCUCAACAGCACGUCCAAGUCGACGACGCCAGAGGGGCUGACGCCGCGUUUUGCCUGCGAGAACCGUGACGUCAAGUUUAUCUGGGGCCAGGCGAACUCGCAGCUGACAAUUGUUGAGCGAGCUUGCCCUUCUCCUCAGGGAACUCCCCUCUACGAGGCCGCUGGCAGCAUCAUCAUCUCGGCUCCCUGCAAGGGCGGCCAAUGCGCCGCCAACUCGACAGAGUACAACGGCGUCUUUACCAGCCUCCAGCCUGUCCGUGACCCUACUAGCCUCAAAAUGGCCUAUGAAAUGAUGGCAACGGAAUAA